AUGGCGUCCAGUAAUUCCGUUGCCGUUGUCGCCUUGUUCGCUUUCGUUUUCGCCGUCGUCGCUCCUUUCGCCGGCGCUCAAUCGCUAGCUCCUGCUCCUUCUCCCACAAGCGACGGAACAUCAAUCGAUCAAGGGAUUGCGUAUUUGCUAAUGGUGGUUGCGCUAGUGCUGACGUAUCUCGUUCAUCCUCUAGAUGCAUCUUCCUUCUUCUGA